AAAAAUGUCUGUAAGUUAUGAUUUCACUGGAAAGGUAGUACUGAUUACCGGUUCGAGUUCGGGUAUUGGCGAAGGCAUUGCCUUAUUGUUUGCCAAAUCGGGUGCCAAUGUUGUAAUUACCGGACGUAACGGCGAUCGUGUGGCCAAAGUGGCCAAACAGUGUACAGAUGUAUCACCGAAACAGUUGAAAGCAUUGCAAGUCGUCGGCGAUGUCAACAGUGAAGAGGAUCUCAAUCGUCUGAUUGAGACAACUGUCCAAACAUUCGGCAAAUUGGAUAUAUUGGUCAACAAUGUCGGUGUCGCCAUCAAGACUGAUGUAUAUAAACAGGAUUUCUAUGAAAAUUAUAAAAAUGUUUUGAAUACUAACUUGAAUUCAGUGGUAUAUCUGACCCAUAAAUCUAUUGAACAUUUGGCCAAAACUAAUGGCAAUAUUAUUAACAUAUCGAGUCUAGUGUCGAAAAUAUCAUCUGCUAACGGUGCAUCAGCUUAUCAUAUGUCGAAAGCAGCACUGGAUAUGUUUACCAAAUGUAUGGCCGCAGAGUUGGGACCCAAACGUAUUAGAGUUAAUUCAGUCAAUCCAGCAAUUGUUAAAUCAAAUUUUGUCACUAAUUUCGGUGCACCGAAAUCGGUUGCCGACCAACUGUACGCGGCAGCGGCUGCCAAAUACCCGGUUGGUAGGGCUGGCCGGCCUGAAGAUAUUGCCCAAACUGUUGCCUAUUUGGCCAGUGAUUCGGCGGCCGGGUUUCUGACCGGUAGUAUUGUUUUGGCCGACGGCGGACAUCUGGCCGCCAAUGUCUCAUUUGAUGCCGAAGCUCGCAAACUAGAAAACUGA